UAUACUUUCUGUUGAAACUUGAAAGUUUUGAACUCCCAUGGCCCAUGAGUUUAAUGAUUCAAAUCACUCGAGCUUACUCGUUGUUGAUCAAUACAUCAUUAAUCCGAAUCCAUUGAGUUUCGAGUCUGCUUUCACCGGCUCAUGGGGCUCUUCUUCUUCCUGUCUGAACACCUCGUUCGGGUCAGAGCAGGAUUCAAACGAGGCUGACAACGACGAUGGAGACGAGUUCGUUGCUGAGUUGACUCGAAAAAUGGCGGAUUACAUGCUUCAAGAAGAUGACGAUGAUAAUUCUUACGAUAAGUACACAUCUCCCGAAGGUAAAGCAUCCAAAUCAAAACCUAGUUACAAGGCUUCUGAUGAUUUCUUGUUCAAGAAUAAGGAAUAAAGUCGAUUCUUACCUAUCAAUCUGGAAUCGUAACUAGAUUUCUUCAACGUUCAACGUGUAUGGAUUCGAGAAUCUGGAACAAAAUCGAUGUUGACCCAUAAACUGGAACAAAUUGAUUUCGUCCCCUGAUAUGUCUUCAACUUCUCAAUCGAUUUCUUCUGUUGUUCUUGAAGAGCAAACCCAGAAAUCUGCAACUCUUUCAUCCCCAAAUCAAUAGUUUUAAAACCCUAGAAACAGCUAUCAAAUUCUAUGAGGUGUCGAUCACGCUGAAGGGAGAGAUGCAGAAGUUUCAACAAGACUGAGGUUGCACCUAUUUCCAGAAUUUACAGAAGUCUAAACGUGAAUCGACCCAAAAUCAGGAAAAAUGAAGAAUUAAAGGGCGUUUAUAUCAUUUGAACUCUGAUAGUUAAAGAAUUAGACGAUCUAGGUUUGUCAUCGGAGAGAGAGAGAGAGAGA